CGAGACGCUCGGCUGCCUGGCUCCGGUGGCUCCUGGGCCUUGGCGGUAGCAGCAGCGGUGGCGGCUCCAGCAGCCGCGGCGGGAGGUGGCGGCGGCGGCGGCGGCGGUGGCUGUUCGUCGUACUCGCCCUCGUCCGCCGGGGGCAGUGGCGGUGUCUCGGUCGGCGGCGUCGGCGGGACCGUCGCGGGCGAGCGGGGGAAGAUGGCGGAGCUGGGGAAGAAGUACUGUGUGUACUGCCUGGCCGAGGUGAGCCCGCUGCGCUUCCGCUGCACCGAGUGCCAGGACAUCGAGCUAUGCCCCGAGUGCUUCUCGGCCGGCGCCGAGAUCGGCCACCACCGGCGCUGGCACGGCUACCAGCUGGUGGACGGCGGCCGCUUCACGCUGUGGGGGCCCGAGGCCGAGGGUGGCUGGACCAGCCGAGAGGAGCAGCUCCUGCUCGAUGCCAUCGAGCAAUUCGGCUUCGGCAACUGGGAAGAUAUGGCUGCUCAUGUUGGGGCUUCUCGGACACCUCAGGAAGUAAUGGAGCACUAUGUAAGCAUGUACAUCCAUGGAAACCUUGGAAAAGCCUGUAUCCCUGACACCAUCCCUAAUAGGGUGACAGAUCAUACAUGUCCCAGUGGAGGACCCUUGUCUCCCAGUUUGACCACACCUUUGCCUCCUUUAGAUAUAACUGUUGCCGAACAGCAGCAAUUAGGGUACAUGCCACUGCGGGAUGACUAUGAGAUUGAAUAUGACCAAGAUGCAGAAACUUUGAUUAGUGGACUCUCAGUAAACUAUGAUGAUGAUGAUGUGGAAAUAGAGCUCAAGAGAGCCCAUGUGGACAUGUAUGUUAGAAAACUCAAGGAGAGACAAAGACGAAAGAAUAUUGCCAGAGACUAUAACUUAGUGCCUGCCUUCCUAGGGAAAGAUAAAAAAGAUAAGGAAAAGUCAAUGAAACGUAAAAUUACAAAAGAUGAAAAGGAGAUACGGGUAAAACUGAGGCCUUUGUACCAGUUUAUGUCCUGUAAAGAAUUUGAUGACUUCUUUGAAAACAUUCACAAAGAAAAAAUGCUCCGAACAAAAAUUAGAGAACUACAGCGAUAUCGUAGAAAUGGAAUUACCAAAAUGGAGGAGUCGGCAGAAUAUGAAGCUGCCAGGCAUAAACGGGAGAAGAGGAAAGAAAACAAGAACAUAGCCAACUCUAAAAGAGGAAAGGAAGAUGGAAAAGAUGGGGAGUUUGCUGCAAUUGAAAAUCUCCCUGGCUUUGAGCUCUUGUCCGACAGGGAGAAGGUGCUCUGUAGUUCUUUAAAUUUGAGUCCAGCUCGUUAUCUAACUGUGAAAACAAUUAUCAUAAAAGACCAUCUCCAGAAACGUCAGGGCAUACCAUCUAAAAGUCGCCUUCCUAGUUAUCUGGACAAAGUUCUCAAGAAAAGGAUUUUAAAUUUUCUUACAGAAAGUGGUUGGAUAUCUAGGGAUGCUUCAUGAAACGGGGAUUCUUUGAAAGCCGAAAUGGUAUCCAAAAGCUUGUGAGCCAAAAUGACGAGGGUUUGAAGGGAAUAGGGAGAGGAAGCUAUUAGUUGUUUUUUUUUUUUCAGUGUUGCUCUAUUUAAUAUGAUUUGAGAAUUUCCUUUUCAAAGUGCAAACUCCAUGGUUCUCUGAAAGAAGCAAUAGUAGCAAUCUUUUAGUAGAUCAUGAGGGAAAAUACAUUUUAACUUCUUCGGUA